CUUCCCCGCCUGCUCAAACAAACCCAGCCCAGCCGCGGCGUUUCCUCUUCGCCUCCGGCCGUUCCUCUGCUCACGCCUCCACCGUGACAUCCAUCUAUUCUCUCUCCCUCUCUAUCUCGUGUGCCUGUGUGUUGUUGUGCCGGCAUGGCGGAGCAGCUCAUCUCCACGGCCGUGCACCACACGCUGCCCGAGAGCUACGUCCGGUCCGAGGCGGAGCGGCCGCGCCUGGACGAGGUCGUGCCCGACGCCGACAUCCCCGUCGUCGACCUCGCCAACCCCGACCGCGCCGCCGUCGUCGCCCAGAUCGGCGCCGCCUGCAGCUCCCACGGCUUCUUCCAGGUGCUCAACCACGGGCUGCCGCUGGAGGUCAUGCUGGCAGCGAUGGCGGUGGCGCACGAGUUCUUCCGCCUCUCGCCGGAGGAGAAGGCCAAGCUCUACUCCGACGACCCGGCCAAGAAGAUGCGCCUCUCCACCAGCUUCAACGUGCGCAAGGAGACCGUGCACAACUGGCGUGACUACCUCCGCCUGCACUGCCACCCGCUCGAGCAGUUCGUCCCGGAGUGGCCUACCAAUCCCCCGCCCUUCAGGGAUGUCAUGAGCACAUACUGCAAGGAGGUCCGGCAGCUUGGGUUCCGGCUCUACGCCAUGAUAUCGGCGAGCCUGGGGCUGGAGCAGGACUACAUCAAGAAGGUCCUCGGCGAGCAGGAGCAGCACAUGGCAGUGAACUUCUACCCAAAGUGCCCGUCGCCGGAGCUGACCUACGGGCUCCCGGCGCACACGGACCCCAACGCCCUCACCAUCCUGAUGAUGGACGAGCAGGUUGCGGGGCUGCAGGUGCUCAAGGAAGGCCGGUGGAUCGCCGUCAACCCGUGGCCCAACGCGCUCGUCAUCAACCUUGGCGACCAGCUUCAGGCGCUGAGCAACGGGAGAUAUAAGAGCGUGUGGCACCGCGCCGUGGUGAACUCGGACAGGCCGAGGAUGUCCAUCGCCUCCUUCCUCUGCCCCUGCAACAGUGUCAAGCUCGGCCCCGCCGAGAAGCUCAUCGGUGAGAAAUCGCCGGCGGUCUACAGAAACUACACCUACGACGAGUACUACAAGAAGUUCUGGAGCAGGAACUUGGACCAGGAGCACUGCCUGGAGCUCUUCAGAACCUAGUUUAUUUUUCUUCGAUAUAAAAGAAGCCCAUUCUCUUUUCUUUCCCAUGAAAACGGUAAGCCACUCAACAAGGGUUCACCCUCCAGCCCCCUGCCAAACACCUUAUCAAAAAAAAGGAACCAGAACCUAGCUAGACAUGGGGGGAAAAUCCGGAUGUUUUUUUGCCCUUCUCUUUUUCAGUCAUCGCCAUGUUUUGUCGAUCGUUAGGAGUUGUUCUUGCCAUCCUCGAUCAAACUUUGAGAACCGAUUGAGGCUCUGGCCGUGUGCGCGCAUAGGGAUGCAAAUUUGUAACGUUCUGGGCUGCCCGUGACUUUUUGAAAUUUAGUUCAUUUGGCUGAACUAAAGGGUCAGGGGUUGGACUUGGACCCCCAGCGAGCGUACCAUGAUGGAGUUUUUCCUUUUUUGCGAGCGGUACCAUGAUGGAGUUGAUAAAGGCUAAGUUCUUGUUUGAAUUAUGCAAAAAAUAUAGUAGCUACUCUUGUUUUUUAGAAUGGAUUAUAUCUACUAGUUCUAAGAACUGAAAUGGAAUAAAGGGCUGUUUUUUGUAGCUCGUACCAUUAUUGUAUCUAUACUGGCUGUAACUCUUCUUUAUUUAAAUAGAUGAUUCUGUUUUCCAAAA